GUGACUAAGAAAUUGUUACUAGCUCUCCAGAGUCGCAACAUGAAGUUCCUAGUAUUUUUCACUUUACUUUUGGCUUCGGCCUACGCUUCGCCAGUACUUUACCAACGCACAUUGGAUGUACCCGUCUUGAAGGACAGCUUGGAAGGACGCAUCACCAACGGUCAGCUGGCCGCUCCUGGUCAGUUCCCGUAUCAAGUUGGACUCUCCUUGAAAUUGAGCGCCUUCUCGUCAGCCUGGUGUGGUGGUUCCUUGAUUGGCAACUCAUGGGUCCUUACCGCUGCUCACUGCACUGAUGGUGUUGAAUCUGUGACUGUUUACUUGGGUACAACCGUGCGUACAUCGCCCGAAAUUACACGCACCGUAACCAAAAGCGGCAUUAUCAUCCACAAAAAUUGGAAUUCGCAAUAUCUGAGGAAUGAUAUUUCUCUCAUCAAAAUCCCAACCGUUGAAUACACUAACAGAAUACAACCCGUAAAUUUACCCCCAAUCUCGAACUCAUACCCUACCUAUGUUGGAGAAAUCGCUAUUGCCUCCGGUUGGGGACGUAUCAGCGAUGCAGCGACCAGCGUAACAAAUGAUUUGCGUUAUGCUUACGUCCCAGUGGUUGCCAACACUGUCUGCUCCAAUAUUUAUGGUACUGCAGUCGUGUCUUCAUCUACCUUGUGUAUCUCUACUGCAGGUGGUGUGUCCACUUGCAAUGGUGACUCUGGUGGCCCAUUGGUAGCUAUAUCUUCCAACGUACAGAUCGGUUUGACUUCAUACGGUGCUAGUGCCGGCUGCGCUAAGGGUUAUCCAGCUGCUUUCACUCGUGUGACCAGCUACCUGGAUUGGAUUAAGAGCAAUACUGGUAUUUCUGCUUCUGCCUCAGAGAGCAAGCUGAACUGGUCGACCGUUGUGCGUCCACAUAUGAAUCCUGCGGAUGCAAUUCAACCUAAAUUACAUGAGAGGAACUUUGGUGCGCGCAUUAUUAAUGGAGAAAUAGCUGGACGUAAACAAUUUCCCUAUCAAGCGGGUUUGGAGUUUUUUACACUUUUAGGGGGAGUUUGGUGUGGCGGAUCUAUCAUCUCGGAUCGUUGGAUUAUUGGCGCUGCACAUUGCACGGAAGCGCUCAUCGCUGGUGUAAAUGUGUAUGUGGGUGCUUUCAAUAGAUUAGAUCGCAAAGAGGCGGGUCAACACGUUAUUUAUGUAACAAGGAAACACAUAAUCUUGCAUGAGAACUAUGAUGACAUUGAGCUUACAAAUGAUUUAGUCCUAAUUAAACUGCCAGUGCCGCUGGAAUUCACUGAGUUCAUUCAGCCAGUGAAACUUCCGAAAAGAGAGGCAGUUAAUGAAUCUUUUGAAAAUGAAAUCGCGAUUGCGUCCGGCUGGGGAAUAAUAUCCGAUGAUGACUUCAAACCCACGGAUAUUCUACGCUGGAUUGAUGUACCGAUUAUUAGUAACACUGAAUGCAAUUCGUGGAUUUAUGGCUCAAUUCAUUCAACAAAUAUUUGCAUCGGCACUGAUAACUAUAAGUCCACAUGUCACGGUGAUGCCGGCGGGCCCCUGGUUUUAGCUAAGGACUCAACACUUAUCGGCGUGGCAUCCUACAAUAUUAUCUAUAGCUGUGAGAUUGGUGGGCCAGCCCCUUUUACGCGCAUGAAGUUAGUAUUCGCUUUGGCUGUCUGCCUUUUUGGCAGCGUAAUCGCCUCCACCGAUAAAGUGGAUUGGACCAAUGUGCCACCAUUGCAUGUGGAUCCUGAAAUCCCAUAUCAUCCACGUAUGAACCUCGAUGGACCUACAGGACGUAUCACCAACGGUCAAAUAGCCGCUCAUAAACAAUUCCCCUACCAAGCCGGUUUGAAAUUGUACACAGCCCGUGGUGUUGGUUGGUGUGGUGGCAGUUUGAUCUCUGACCGUUGGGUCUUGACCGCUGCGCAUUGCACAGAUGCUUUAACCACUGGCGUUGACGUGUACUUGGGCGCUUGGGAUCGUACUGACCCGACCGAAAAGAACCAACAGAUCAUCUUUGUUUCUGUCAAGAAUGUUAUUGUGCACGAAAAUUGGGAACCUUCCUUGCUUCUAAAUGAUAUUUCCCUCAUCAAAUUGCCAGUUCCAAUUGAUUUCAACGAUUACAUCCAACCAAUUGCUUUGCCCAAAAAAUCAGCCAGCUACGACUCCUACGAAGGCAAACAAGUGAUCGCCUCUGGCUGGGGAAAGAUUACCGAUGAUGCUAAGGGUGCCACCGACAAAUUGCGUUGGGUUGAAGUGCCAGUUUUGGCGAACAAACCAUGCAACCGUUGGUUCCUUGGCUCCGUUUCAGCCACAAACAUUUGCAUCAAGACCACUGGCGGUACCUCAACUUGCAAUGGUGACUCCGGCGGUCCAUUGGUGUACAACGAUGGCGAAAGCACUGUUUUGGUUGGUGCCACCUCCUUUGGUAUUGUUUUGGGUUGUGAAGUUGGCUGGCCAGGUGUGUUCACUCGCAUCACUUCCUACUUGGAUUGGAUCGAAGAAAAUAGUGGUGUUUAUAAAAGCAAACGCGCCAGAGACUUAGCUAGUUUUUCUUUGAAUUCAUCAUUGAAGAUGAAGUUAGUAUUCGCUUUGGCUGUCUGCCUUUUUGGCAGCGUAAUCGCUUCCACCGAUAAAGUGGAUUGGACCAAUGUGCCACCAUUGCAUGUGGAUCCUGAAAUCCCAUAUCAUCCACGUAUGAAUCUCGAUGGGCCUACAGGACGUAUCACCAACGGUCAAAUAGCCGCUCAUAAACAAUUCCCCUACCAAGCCGGUUUGAAAUUGUACACUUCCCGUGGUGCUUCAUGGUGUGGUGGCAGUUUGAUCUCGGAUCGUUGGGUCUUGACCGCUGCGCAUUGCACAGAUGAUUUAACCACUGGCGUUGACGUGUACUUGGGCGCUUGGGAUCGUACUGACCCGACCGAAAAGAACCAACAAAUCAUCUUCGUUGCUGCCAGAAACGUUAUUGUGCACGAAAAUUGGGAUUCUUCCUUGCUUCUAAAUGAUAUUUCCCUCAUCAAGCUGCCAGUUCCAAUUGAAUUCAACGAUUACAUCCAACCAGUUGCUUUGCCCAAAAAAUCAGCCAGCUACGACUCCUACGAAGGCAAACAAGUGAUCGCCUCUGGCUGGGGAAAGAUUACCGAUGAUGCUAAGGGUGCCACCGACAAAUUGCGUUGGGUUGAAGUGCCAGUUUUGGCGAACAAACCAUGCAACCGUUGGUUCCUUGGCUCCGUUUCAGCCACAAACAUUUGCAUCAAGACCACUGGCGGUACCUCAACUUGCAAUGGUGACUCUGGCGGUCCAUUGGUGUACAACGAUGGCGAAAGCACUGUUUUGGUUGGUGCCACCUCCUAUGGUAUUGCUUUGGGUUGUGAAGUUGGCUGGCCAGGUGUGUUCACUCGCAUCACAUCCUACCUGGAUUGGAUCGAAGAAAAUACCGGUGUUGCAUAUUACUAAAUAGAAAUUAAAUAAAUUGAUUUAAUAAGAUUUAUAAAA